CUGUCGUGACCAGACGAAGCGAAAUCGGCAGUGCCGCAAGGAAUUGGAGUGUUAAUUUGUGGCAGAAGUUUUGUAAUAAAACAUCCAACAGUUGCACCAUAUCAAACUUUUCGUUCGAGUGUCCAGCUAUCCGUGGUUUCUGGAAGUUGAUUCUGGUGCGGUAGUCGCUACACGCUAACUUGAACGAUUGAAGCCAAGACAAGUCGAUGCUAUGCAUCCUCCUGCUGCCAGAUCGGUACGACCGUGAUUAGCAAUAAUAGUAAAGAAAAAGGUUAAAAAUACGCGACAUCGGUCGGCUAAACUUUCUCCAUCUUCCGGGAGUCAACGUUCAACAUAAAAAAAGAAAAACACACAAACACAAUCCGAAAGUCAAACGUGGAACCAACUCUUCAGGAUCAUUACAGGAGAUCGGCCUCGUAACAGAUGAGGGAAAAUACAAUCGGCGGUUGGAAAAAAAAACAUAAUUGAUAGUAGUGAUCAGGAUUCAGCACACGCACCAAAUUGUAGAUAACGUGUGGAAAAAAGUGUAGAUGAAGUGAAAGGACUCCGUGAAGGCAAAAGUGCAGUACUAUCCAGAAAAGGGAGUCAUCUUCCGGUAAAUAGGAUCCUAUAUGGCAUCGCAUUGAACUGUGUGUUAUGGAACAGUUAUGAGCUUGGAAGAAAAAAAGUGGCCUAGGAAGAGUUUUUCUCGGUUUUAGAUUAUACGGUGCAACCGGUAACGCGCGCGCUCGAACACAGUGUUUUUAGCUGCCCUUGGUGGAAAUUUGUGGGCUUGAAGCGAGAAACAAUCUCAUACGAUGAUGCAAAAGCCAACAUUCGAGGACAAAUGGCCGUACAUGCGACCGGUAGUUCUAAGCCUGCUGAAACAGGAGCGUGUCACACCAUCAGAAUGGCAGGAACUGUUCUACGCCGUGCACCUCGUGUGCCUCUGGGACGACAAGGGUGCGAUGAAGAUCAGCGAGAGUCUACAGCAGGACAUCGUAGCGUACAUCAAGCAGGCUCAGUGUCGCGUGCUGGCCCAACGGGAGGAGCAGGCACUACUGAAGGCGUACAUCGUGGAGUGGCGUAAAUUUUUCACACAAAGCAACUACCUUCCGCUACCCUUUACCAAGCUGGAAAACUGUUUAAAAGGCAAGGAAAGUUCCUCCUCGUCGUCGUCGUCUUCGUCGGUGGCUGCGUCUUCCGGUGGCGGGGCUUCGUCGUCGUCAUCGACGUUAACGGCUAAUUCUGCAGGUGGCGCAGGAUCGAGCCACAAUGCGUCCGCCAGCGCCUCAGGAACCAGUGCCGGUAGUAGCGGCAGCAGCAGCAGCGUCUCAUCGAAAAAACCCAUCCACGCGGAGGAUUCGAUCGUGCGCAAGUUAAUGCUGGACUCGUGGAAUCAGAGCAUCUUCAUGAACAUCAAACAUCGGCUACAGGAGUCCGCCAUGAAGCUGGUACACGCGGAGCGCAACGGGGAAGCGUUCGAUUCGCAGCUCGUCAUUGGCGUGCGUGAAAGCUACGUCAACCUGUGCUCCAAUGCCGAAGACAAGCUGAAGAUCUAUCGCGAAAACUUCGAGGCUGCUUACCUGCAGGCCACGUCGGCCUUCUACCGGUUGAAGGCAAGCGAGCAGCUGCAGGCUAACGGGGUUAAAAGUUUCAUGGAGUAUGCGGACGCAAAGUUGCGCGAAGAGGAGGCCCGCGGUGAGCGCUAUCUGGAACCGGGCAGCAUCACAGCGCUAGGUCAAUGCUGUGUAACAGUGCUCAUUGGUGACCACUUACCGACGCUGCUGGCCGAGUGUGCACCUUUGAUCGAGGCGCGUGAAACGGUUCGCUUACAGUUGAUGUUUCGGUUGCUUGAUCGUGUUGCCGGCGGUGUGGAUCCAAUGCUGCGCGAUCUGGAGACACAUAUCGUGCAGGCGGGGCUAGCUGAUAUGGUGGCAGCUGCCGACAUCAUUACGCAGGACUCGGAGAAGUACGUCGAGCGAUUGCUGAAGCUGUUUCGGCGGUUUAGCGAUCUGGUGAAGGAGGCGUUCAACGACGAUCCCCGGUUUCUGACGGCGCGCGAUAAGGCCUUCAAAACGGUCGUGAACGAUAUUACACUGUUCAAGCUAGAGCUACCCACCUCAAACACGGCGCUCGCACGCGGAAUCAAAACGUCCACGCCCGAGUCGAAGUGCCCGGAGCUGCUGGCCAACUACUGUGAUAUGCUGCUGCGCCGAACGCCAUUCAGCAAGCGGCUGACUACCGAGGAGAUUGAAUCUCGCCUAAAAGAUGUACUGCUGGUGCUCAAGUAUGUAAGCAAUAAGGAUGUCUUUAUGCGCUACCACAAGGCACACCUAACGAGAAGACUUAUUCUAGACUCCAGCGCUGAUAGUGAAAAGGAAGAGGAUAUGGUGGAGUGGCUCCGAGAAGUGGGUAUGCCUGCGGAUUACGUAAAUAAGUUGGCAAGAAUGUUCCAGGACAUAAAGGUUAGUGAAGAUUUAAACACUCAAUUCCGCUCCCAAACGACGCGUCACGAUGCGAUCAACAUAAAAAUCCUGAACGCAGGUGCAUGGGCCCGCGGUUCGGAGCGUGUAUCGGUCAGCUUGCCGCUCGAGCUAGAGGACUACAUUCCGGAGGUGGAAGAGUUCUACAAGAAGAAACACUCGGGCCGAAAGCUCCAGUGGUAUCACCACAUGAGCAAUGGAACGAUCACGUUCGCUAACAACACUGGCCGGUUCGACCUGGACGUCACCACUUUCCAGAUGGCGGUGCUGUUUGCGUGGAACCAACGCCCGAACGAGAAGGUUUCGUACGAGAAUCUUCGUCUCGCCACCGAGCUGCCCGAUCCGGAGCUGCGGCGGACACUAUGGUCGCUGGUAGCGUUCCCCAAGCUGAAGCGCCAGCUGCUCGUGUACGAGCCAGCCAUCAGCAAUCCAAAGGACUUUAGCGAAAACACGCUGUUCUGGGUGAACCAGGAGUUUGCGAUCAUCAAAAAUGGCAAACCACAGCGACGCGGGAAGGUGAAUCUGGUCGGUCGGCUACAGCUGAGCACCGAGCGGUCCCAGCAAGAGGACAAUCAGUCGAUCGUGCAGCUGCGAAUAUUGCGUACACAAGAAGCGAUUAUCAAGAUCAUGAAAAUGCGCAAACGGUUAAGCAAUGCUGCACUGCAGGCUGAGCUGGUGGAUAUACUUAAAAACAUGUUCCUGCCAUCGAAGAAAAUGAUCAAGGAGCAGCUUGAGUGGUUAAUAGAGCAUAAGUACAUGCGGAGAGACGAUGACGAUAUCAAUACCUUCAUCUACAUGGCGUAAAGGAUUGAGCAGAACACAUUUGCAGCUUCUUUUUAUGACUGAAUCGAGGUGCGUUACGGGUGGCACAAGCUUUUCAUUUUCUUUUGUCGACCGAAGCGGACUGGGAUCAAUAGUAUCAAUGCAAUUUCCCCACACGCGUGUGGUGCAUUUUAAAGACAGGCAUAUUUGUUGUUAAAUAAUUUCUUAUUGGACGAACGCAAGUUGUACACGAGGGUGGGGAAAGGGAUAUUGGAUCGGGAGGCUUGGAAGCCGAUCCAAAUGCUGAACAACUAGUAAUAAAAAUAGUAUCGAAAUGUAAUCUCAAUU